AUGAGAACCUCUAGCUUUAUAGACUUUGCAGAUGCAUUAUUAUCAUGUUGUUGUGGAAUAGUUGAUAUAAAAAGGCUUGAUAAUAAUAUUUCGAUUGGCAUGUUUUGUAGAAUAUUAUUUUUUCUAUUCACGAUUCUAUUAAGAGAUUUAAGUACUUAUACUUGGACUGAAUUCAUUUCAUAAAUUGUAGCAUGGUUUAUUUUUCACUUAUUCAUCAUCAUUUAUGAAAUACCUUAUUUUUUAGAUGGUCAUUCAGAAAGUGAUAAAAGAGAACACCGAUAUAAAUAUAUGGAUAUAAUUUAGUUAUUGAUUGGAAUAAUCUAUUUUACAUAAACUGAAUGGACAUAUUUAGAAUUUUUGACCUUUAUUUUAUUCCUUCUAAAUUUGUUAAUUAAUUUAUUAGGAUUGUGUAAAUCUUAUUGUGUAAAUAAAAAAAAGUAGGAUUAUUAUGAACAAGGAGGAGUUAAACAAAUUAUUCUUGGUUUAUUUGUGGGAACCCUUUCAGUUACGAUAUAUUUGUUUAUUAUUAGAGCUCAAUAUGAGGAAGAGAUUGAAGCUUCAGGUAGUUUGGGGCAAUAUAUGACUUACACAAUAAUUGGUGAAAUAGGAGCAGCUGUAUCCUCUCUUUUUUUCCUUUUUAUACCUAUGGAUAAAUAUAACUUUACUAGUGAUUGUACAAAAGGUGUUUUAGGUUUUUUUUAUGGAAUAAAUUUUGGUUUAUUUAGUAUUUUUUAUGGAUUUUUAUUUGGCAUCAUACUCAUAAUUAUUUUCUUUAUUUUAAUAAUAACUGUUUGUAGCCAACAUACAGAUAGCUAAGUACAUCCAGCUUGA